GAUCGUGUAGGCCUAACAGUAACAAUUACGUCGUAUUAAACUGAGUAGGUGGGAUUGAGGGGCAUGUAGUUGCUGCUCUGUCUGCCACGCUUGGUUGGCAAUGCUGCCAGAAAGGAAACUUAGUGCAUGCAGGCCAUUAGUCUGAUACUUGGCGCCUGUACUUGUUGGUUGGACUGUGACCUACUAGUUUCAAAAUGGCGCGCCUCUUCCUGCUUUUGGCCGCCCUGUGUACCACAACUUGGGCGCAGUACUGGAAUCCUCAUAUGGAAAAGGGCCGACACGUAAUGGUCAACUUGAUGUCCUGGAAAUGGAAAGACGUUGCGGAGGAGUGCGAGAGGUAUCUUGGUCCAAACGGCUUCGGUGGUGUUCAGGUCUCUCCUCCCAACGAGCACGCCGUACUGCCGAACCAGCCAUGGUGGCAACGCUACCUGCCAGUGAGCUACGAGCUGCAAAGUCGCUCUGGCACGGAGGAAGAGCUGAGGGACAUGGUAAAACGAUGCAAUGAGGCUGGCGUCAGAAUCUACGCCAAUGCUGUCAUCAAUCACAUGGCCAACGGGGAAAUGGCAGAGGGUUCAGCUGGUAAUCCAUACGACCCAGAAACACUUAGCUUUCCCAAAGCACCCUAUACUGCCCAGGACUUCAGUGUUUACAACCAAAAAUGUCCAAGAAAGAGUGGGAACAUUGACGACUACAAGAAUGAAGAGGAGAUCCGCAACUGCAACCUCGCUGGUCUUCCUGAUCUUGAUACGUCUAUCUAUCAUGUAAGGUAUACUAUCGCUGAGUACAUGAACAAGUUGAUCGACAUAGGAAUUGCUGGGUUUCAUGUAAGCAAUGCAGAAAACAUUUGGCCUAACGAUCUCGCUGCUAUCUAUAAGAAACUGCGUGAUUUGAAUGAAAUCUUCUUUGAAGCCGGCAGCAGGCCGUUCCUGUUUCAAGAGGUCGACACAACAGCCGCAAAUGCCAACAUAAUCAAGCCGAUAGAGUACCUAGAGAUGGGCAGCGUCACUGAAUUUGAAUAUGGAAAGAUUGUUUCGCUAGCUUUAAGAGGCACUGAGAAUAAUCUGGCUUCCUUAGGUAGCAUAGAAGAUAAGUUCUCACUGGUAUCCAGCUCCGGCGCAGUCGCAUUCGUGGAUAAUGCCGACACCCAACGCUCGAUCCCCAGUAUCAUCACCUACAAGGAACCGCGUCUGUACUUGCUGGCGAACGCAUUUAUGUUAGCAUAUCCUUACGGUCUUGCUAGAGUAAUGAGCAGCUACGAUUUCACUUCGUUUGAUGAAGGUCCCCCGUCAGACCUCCAUGGUGCUAUCUUGUCUCCCAUUAUCAAUGAAGACGGUUCCUGUGGAAACGGGUGGGUGUGUGAGCAUCGUUGGACUGCAGUGAAAAACAUGAUUGGCUUCAGGAACACAUCUAACGGAGAACCGCUCGUAAACUGGUGGAGCAACAACAAACAGCAAGUGGCUUUUGGUCGUGGCGAUAAGGCAUUCAUCGUUCUAAAUAACGAAGACAAGUCAUUCUCCGAGUUUUUGUACACAGGCCUGCCCGUUGGUGAGUACUGUGAUAUUAUCGACGGGGACUUUGAUCUGGCUUCCCGCGUGUGCACCGGGCGAGUCAUAACGGUCGACGAGCUAGGUUUUGCUUCUUUCACUCAAAAUAAUGAUGGACCUCCUGUUGCAGCCAUCCAUAUUAACGCCAAGGUCAGUGAUGAGGGCACUGUAAAUGAACCAAGUAAAACACCAUCGGCAAAAACUGAAGGACUAAUCAUUGCACCACCCAUUCCACCAUCGUUCCCACCGAGCCAAAAUCAUACCCUCGACAGUGCAAGCCCAGAAUCUCAAAAUUCUGCGACAGCUAGCACUCCUCAACCCACAUUUAAGCGUACUACUGUAUUCAUUCAAAAGCAAACAGAUUUCGGCCAGAAUUUGUUUAUUCGCGGUGGUCUUGGCGAGGGAUGUACGGGUGCUUGUGCUAUUCCAAUCACACAUAUCACAACCGGUAACAAUGCACAGUACAACGCUUGGAAGACAGGAGACAACUUCCUUGAUUGGUAUGGCGUAGAAGACGGCCAGAACACCUACAACAAUGUUUCCGCUGAAGGAACACCUCUCAUCUGGACAACCAACAAUUCUAGCAACACUGCCAAUGUUGCCACGGAUGGAUAUGGCUACACACCCCUCAACCAGUGGGGAGCCAACUACUGGAUGGUCGAUCUUGAAAUGGACUGCUCCAAGACAAAUGGUGGUUGGUUUGAGUUGAAAGCCUUUGUCAUGAACGGAGUGGAAUGGGAAAGUGAUGUUUCACAGAACGAGGCAUGCCAGGGUUCUCCUGGUGGAAACAAACCAUCAAACAGCAUUAACCAUUUCGCCAGAUGUGGCUAUAUAAAUGUCUUCAAGUUUGGUGAGAACAAAUGUACUAUUGACGAAUACGGAUUACAGCCUACACAGACCAUCCCUGAAGAGCCCAGUUUAAGCCAGAGUCCCGAAAAUUCUGCGACUGAAGCAACAAGUGUCCCUACGGCUAGCACCCCUCAACCCACAUUUAAGCGUACUACUAUAUUCAUUCAAAAGCAAACAGAUUUCGGCCAGAAUUUGUUUAUUCGCGGUGGUCUUGGCGAGGGAUGUACGGGUGCUUGUGCUAUUCCAAUCACACAUAUCACAACCGGUAACAAUGCACAGUACAACGCUUGGAAGACAGGAGACAACUUCCUUGAUUGGUAUGGCGUAGAAGACGGCCAGAACACCUACAACAAUGUUUCCGCUGAAGGAACGCCUCUCAUCUGGACAACCAACAAUUCUAGCAACACUGCCAAUGUUGCCACGGAUGGAUAUGGCUACACACCCCUCAACCAGUGGGGAGCCAACUACUGGAUGGUCGAUCUUGAAAUGGACUGCUCCAAGACAAAUGGUGGUUGGUUUGAGUUGAAAGCCUUUGUCAUGAACGGAGUGGAAUGGGAAAGUGAUGUUUCACAGAACGAGGCAUGCCAGGGUUCUCCUGGUGGAAACAAACCAUCAAACAGCAUUAAUCAUUUUGCAAGAUGUGGCUACAUCAACGUAUUUAAGUUUGGUAGGAACGAGUGCACCAUUAAAGGCUAUAGUCAAGGGCCUAGUAAGGCCCCGCCUGCAUUAGAAACCAUCACUCCAAGUCCGAGUCAACCUCUUAGUACUACUUCUCCUACUCAAAGUCCGUCAUCUGAUAAGAGCAAAGAUUCAAAAUCAGAAAAUGAGGCAGGGUCCACCGCAGAGCCACGAGUUUCGGGCAAAACUAAAUUUUUCACCGAUGUCCCGAAGGCUCCAAAUACUGAGUCAACACAGAAGCGCACUAUCAUUUUUCUCAAGAAGGUUACAUAUACUGGUCAGCACGUUUUCAUUCGCGGUGGCAUCGAUCACGACCAUCGAUCCGGAUGCACCACUAAUGUGAGCACCAGUGCCUGUGCUAUCCCAAUUAAACACAUAACACCGGGUGAAAAUUUUCGAUACGACGCCUGGAAGACAGGAGACAACUAUCUAGACUGGUAUGGUGCUGAGAAAAGCCAGAAUUCUUAUCAGGGGACGGCAUCUCAAGGUACCCCUCUCGUCUGGACGACGAACAAUCCUAGUGACACAGCCACCCUGGCCACGAACGGAUACGGUUACACGUCUCUCAACCAGUGGGGAGACCACUACUGGAUGGUCGAGCUCAAGGUGGACUGUGCAAAAACGGAGGACGGAUGGUUUGAAUUGAAAGCAUUUGUGUUGAAUGGAGAAGGUUGGGAAAGUGACAUUUCUCAGAGUGAAUCUUGUAACGGGUCAGCCGGAGGCAACAAACCUUUUACCAGCAUUAACCACUUCGCAAGAUGUGGGUUCAUCAACGUCUUCAAAUUUGGUGAAGACGAAUGCACCAUUGACACUCUCUAGGACUUACACAAAGGAACUUAUUCUGAUUUUCAGAAUUUUACCCUGAAUACUGUCAUUUAAUGUUUCUUUUUUAACUGCGGCAAAACUUUCGGCGAAAUUGUGACAAUUUGGAGGUAUCGUCAAAAGUCUUUUCGGUACAUUCCACUGAUUACAGCAUCAUCAAGGAAACUCAUGCAUUUGGUCAAAAAUUGGUUAGGCCUACGGCCGCUAAGUCAAACCAAAAAUAAGAUGAAAACGAAGACAUUUUAGGCCGUAGAAAGUGGCGAAUCGCUGAAUAAAGGUGGAGGUUUUGUUUUUGGGGUUUUUUUGCAUAAAUUCUGAUUUUUGGGGGAUUUUAGGUUUAAUGCUAAAUUGUAAAUGAGUGAAGGUACACAGGAAUUUCAACAUUGUUGAUAAACCAGCGUUAGGUUCAGGGUAGGGUUUGUUAGUUCAUUGGUUUGUGACAGUAUGAAUGUAAUGGUGUCAGGGCGUUUUAAAGAAAUAAUAAGUACAGGUUAAAAAUAAAAUGUUGAUCAAAUGACAGCAUGGUAAAACGAUGCUAUGGGCAGUUUUACUAUUUCUCUAUUAAACAAGAGAAAAUACUAGUUAGAUUAAGGAUUAGGAUUAAGUAUGCUAGUCAGUUUUAUAGUGAUAAUUUAAGAUCAACUUUUUUUUACCCCUUUCCACAAUUUGGGCAAGGAGUUGUAUUUGGAGCCCACCAACAUAAACCUCCUAUGACUCAUUUAUAUUACAGUGCUUCUGCAAUGUAAAACGCAUGCCAUUAAUAAGUUCGCAAACUUGGCUUUCCAACACAAAAAAGAAUUUGUACAUAACUGGCUGAAGUACAGUUCCGGUUGAUGCGCCUCCCGUUUUCUCUUUUGUGUGGUAUAAAUGUUAAUACCUUUUGGACUACUCUUUAGGUAAGAUCAAGUUAAUGACAAAUUUAGUAUAAACAAAAUUGUGGCUUGAUAGAAUCCCUUGUACCCAGCAGCAUCAGUUUUGUUUCAAGGGACCUCUUUGUUUGAAAAAAAGAAUCUGCAGCUAAAGCCUACACAUUCUGUACGGCCCAGACAAGUUUUGUUUUUAUUAAUCGCUUAACACCUGUGGUUAAAUUUGACGGACUGAUCCAACGAGAUAAAUAAGAAAAAUAUCGUGAAAGAAAGCAAUGAUUCAAGACUAUUAAUUUCAGGAAAAAACUGUUGUAUUUUUCAAUCACGUAUAGUGUCUUUGAUAUAAUUCAAUAAGGUUAUUUCAUAUUAUUACGUUACAUUAACCCUACCCCCGGGGUGUAUGUAAAGUGAUAUUGACAUAUUGACACGGACACUGACAAUUUCAUUGUGGAAGAAAAAAAUGUGAAAAUAGAACGAAACAAACAAGGCCGAAGACAAAUCAACAAACGGGGUUUUCAACUGUUACAUGAAGUCUAUGAAAUUGUUUUAAUGUAUGAAAACAAAAGUGCGUUUGAAGAGCCGUACUUGUAAGCGAUAGAUCGUUUUAGAUGAUUUGUAAUUGGUUUUGUGUUAAUAAAAGCAUGCUUGAGCAAAAUGAA